AAGAGCCACAACAUCAUCAUCAGCAGCAGCAGCAGCAGCUCAGACCGGAAGUUGUAGAAGUAUCAUCACGAAGAAAGGAAGUCCAUAACAACAGGAAGACAACAAAGAUGGCCGGCGGGGGUAGGACAGCCGGCAAAUACGGUUAUUCGGACAACAAUUACUACAGUAGUCACUCCUACAAGAGCAUUAACGAUGAGAUUAUUCUGGUCAGCAUUAUAAUGGGGAUUACCAUACUAGUACUGAUUACCAUCGCCCUGUGCUACAUUGCGUAUGAAAAAUGCCAAAAAAAACGAGAGUAUUAUAUCAAUGCCUAAAAACUUUUCACUUGCCAUUGGCGGGGGGUUGGAGGGGACAAUAAACAAUGUCAACAGGCAACACACUCAUAGACAAACAGUCAAAGGAGCGGCGGCAAUCUGAAUUCUUGCAACUUUGUUGACUUUAACGAUUUAGUUUUUGGGGCCAACACAAAUAACCAGCCAAUAGGAGCACGUGCAAGGGCACAAACACCAAAUGCAACUCACACAACAGAAAUAUCUCCCAUUUAAACGCUUUUCCAUUCUUUUCCCUGCCAUCCCACUGGCCUGGCCAACUGCGAAUGCGUUUCAUUUUCGUGGAAAUUUUUCGUAUGUAUUUUUUUGCUCUCGCCUUGAAAUUCUGAAGUGGCUUGCGGCAGCGGUUAGCGGGGUUCGUUCGACUUUAUACUUGGCAUGUAUGCACCAGGUGCACAGUGGUACGAAAACGAUAAAAAAAAGACACAAAACAGAAGUAAAAGGUGUCGCCAAUUUGAAAAAGAAUGUUUUUAAUAUAUUUUCUAACAUUUCCUGUAAAGUGACGAUUUGAUAAAAUGAAAGUACAAAACGAGCAAUGGUCUGUAGAAACACACAGAAAUAUAAAACUGAGACAGGUAAGAAUUAAGUUUAUAACUAUGUAUUGCAAAGGAAACUAUCCGUCUUCAUUACAAUACCGUUGCCUACUUUAAGGAGACAAGAAGCAUUUUUGUUGUGGUAUGUUUUUUUUUUAUUUAGUUAACUAAAGUUGGGUAUAGCUACAUGUAUUAAAUAGGAUACAAAAUUAAAAAAUUUUACCCUGUAAUGUAAAGGCAGUCGUUGAAUUCAUUUUUUAAAACAAAUGAUUCUUGCAAAACUAAAUAUUCGCCUAGACAAAGAUUUAUUUUUUAACAAGAGUUUUUUGGCAGCCUAUUGUAUAAUUAAGGAG